UUACGUACAUGUGUGACGUCAACGCGUACGACCGUUUGUCUCUCCUUUUUUGUUUUGUUAGCAUGUGGAUGCAAAACUCUUUUGUUUCGAAUUGACCUUGUCUUAUAAAUUACAUUUUGAAACUUUAUACUGUCGACGGCACCAUGAGUACUCUGUGGAUGGGAAACCUGGACUCCUAUAUGGACGAGAAGUUCAUCACCAGAGCAUUUUCCACCAUGGGUGAGCAGGCGGUCAGUGUUCGAAUUAUACGCAACAAGAUAACAGGUGUCCAAUCCUCCAGCAGUGCUCUAGGCUAUUGUUUCGUGGAGAUGGCAGAUGAGGCCACAGCUGAGAGGUGUCUUCGUAAAAUCAAUGGGAAAUCACUACCAGGAGCCAGCCCGCCUACAAGAUUCAAGUUAAAUCGAGCCACCUUUGGAAAACAAGAGACUGGUCAGAUGUAUUCUUUGUUUGUGGGCGAUCUGACUCCAGAGGUGGAUGAUGGGAUGCUGUACGAAUUCUUCUACAAUCGCUACCCUUCUUGUCGUGGAGGAAAAGUAGUGUUGGACAGCAUGGGAAACUCAAAGGGUUGCGGCUUUGUUCAAUUCCCAGAUGAGCGGUUGCAGAAGCGAGCGUUGGACGAGUGUCAGGGAGCUGUGGGACUGGGGAGUAAACCUCUGCGACUCAGCUUGGCGGCUAAUAAUUUAAGGAACAGGCCACCACAGACUGAGACCAAGACCUGGCCGUCUAGCUCCUCCUACACACCAACCUAUGAACAGUACACCCAGUAUCAACAGCAGGCCUAUCCCAACUAUUACUCCUCCUGGGGCUACGAUCAGACUGCAGCAGGGUAUAACUACACCUAUCCACAGUAUGACUACUCACAGUAUGCCCAAGCACAGGAACCAGAAGUAGUGGAGGAUGAUGGACUUGAAGAUCCAUCACCACAGCUGGAUGUGGCAGAAACUAACAGGAGGUUCAUCGAGAACAGUGAAGAACUGUAUGAUGCUCUGAUUGAGUGUCCUUGGAUAUCAGAGGCGUUCUCCUUAGAACAGGACCAAGUGGUGGCAAGCAUACCAGAACCGCUUUGCUACUAAUAGAGGAAAUUGCCACAUGUGAUUUUACUUCCAUCUGUCCACUGGAGCUUUAACAAUAUGGUCUCUUUGUAAAGAAAAAAAGAGUCAUGUUGUCGUCGUUCAGGUGACACCCGUGGGGGCAGGAGUGCUCACAAGUAGGCAAAAAAAAAAAGACUUUACAGUUGCCCCUUGUAAUUGCGGUUAAUUGGUUCAAUACUCGACAGCAAUCAGUGAAUUUUCACGAAGUAGGAUUCAGUAUUAAUAAAUAGAAUAUUUUCAGAAUUAGAAAACUUGUUUAUGACCUUCUAAAAAUGUUUUAACAUUAUUAGAGCCAUAUAGACAUGAAAUAACACCCCUAUAAUCACCACCUAAUAUCGUAGACAUGAUAAGCGACCGUAAGACACAACUUAGAUUAUGCACUACUGCAGGCUUUGUUUACACCACAUUGCGCAACUCCUAGAUGUACGCUACAGGAUCUCUGCAAGUGCAUAAGAGACGGAUGCAGCUUGAAGUAUAUAUAGCAAGCUACCAAGCUAACUAGUUAGCCUUUUAUUUAAUUAUUCUAAACUUGAGAAAGGGUUCCAAACUGAGUGGGGAAGAAGGCCAAAGUAAGAAGCCAAAAACAUACCACUUUCACACAGAAUGAGAGGGGAAGCUUUUUUCACUAUGCCAUGUUGGAUGGACUCUGUAUCCAUGCCUGACUCCAUAUGCAAUUCAAGGUAAUGUGAUGUAAUGUCUCACCAGUGUAAUAUUAGUGACGCCUAGUGUCAAGAAUACUACAUAUAACUUCUUUCAAUUUUUUUUACCAAUAAAAAGGUAAUAAUUUGCCCUAAUAAGCCAUCAGCCACGAAACAGUGAUGGUUUCUAAAUACAUUUUUGAAAAACUGCGAUAGAGUAAGAGAGCGAUGUUCAAACCACAAUGUAGCGAGGGAUGACCGUAUUUGUAUGCCGUUCACAUCCUCAAUGCUUCUGCCAGAAAAUGUCUGUCAUGUAAAAAUUAUUUCUUCCAGUGGAAACAUUUCCACAAUGUUCUUGUUAAAUCUCAUCUAGAGAUGAUCUUUCUACUUUGUGCUCUAAUAUAUACCUGCAAGUGUUGCAUUGAGUGAUGCCGUUGUAUAUAAUAAGAUAGAGCAAAUGUAUAUCUGAGGCCUGGCUUAGAUAAGUUGAUACAAAACUUGUGGUGUAAAUGGUGUAGUUGAAACAGUUCAUUACCAGUACUUUCCAUGAAACUGAUCCACCAUCAUUACAAUUAAAGUUUUACGUUUUUAUGAUUCA